AUGGAUGAACUUCGACAAGCUCAAAUAGAAAAAGUUCAAGAGGCGCUAGAUAUGGGCGAGGUUGAAAUUGGUAAAGGCUUGAAUCAAGAACUUGAUUUUGCUAGAGCUGCUAAUACUCGUUGGGGUUCACACUAUAAAUCAUUUAAGAAAUUUAUUAGUAUGUUUGAUUUUAUUAUUGAUGUCCUUGAUACUAUUGUUGUUGAUUCUAAAUCUGAUGAAGAAAAAGCUAGGGCAACAGGAUAUCUCAGAACUUGUCAACAUUUGAGAGUUGCUGAAUAUACUAUCUCACAUCACUAUCGUGUGGAAGUAUUUUUUAAGAUUAUUGAUUGGAAACUUCAAGAACUCAAUGAUCAUCGUUUUAAUGAGGUGAUAAUAGAUUUGCUUAUUGGGGUUGCUUGCUUGAAUCCAGUUGACUCAUUUUCUAGUUUUGACAUUAACAAAAUAUUGAGAAUGACUAAAUUAUAUCUUGAUGAUUUUGAUGAAAAUAUAAUGGUUACUCUAAGAAUUCUCCUAGAUACGUAUAUUGUUGAUGUUCGUCAUGUUGAUGGAAGGUUUUCUAAUCUAAAAGGACUUGGUGACCUUUCUGAGGAGCUAGUUAAGACAAAGAAACACUUUAAUUAUUCUGUUGUAUUUCGUCUUAUAAAGUUUGCAUUGCUUUUGCUGGUUUCCACUGCAACAGUUGAAAGAGCUUUUCGAUAA